GCAUGAAGAAAUGAACCCAGAAAGAUAAUCAUUUUGCCCUCUUCAAACCCUACCUACUUCCAUGGUACCCCUGCUUUCCCUUCCCUUCAUACACCCACCUGCACUCUUAAACCUCUCUUCCUCUUCAUCCCCUCCCUUCACUUUACUCGCUCCAACAAGCUCCAUCUCCACCUCACUGUUUUAUCCCGAAGGAGUUCUGUCUCCAACAACCCUUUUCUUAACUCUACUCGCCAGCAGUAUGACCCCCAAAACCUGCAAAGUCAGGGGCCUCCGAGGACUCUGUUUCCUGGCGGCUAGAAGCGCCCCGAGAUCAAGGUGCCCAAUCUCGUACUUCAAUUGGAGCCGGAGGAGGUAUUGUCGGGGGCUGAUCCGAAUAAGCUUGAUUUGAUUGCCAAUGCUGUGUCCAAGUCUGUCGCUGUGGUGGUGCUCGAUGGCGCUUAAGGAAGCGGCGGCAGGGUUUAUGAGGCUGCUAGUGUUUUGAAAUCUGUUAUCAGGGAUCGUGCCUUUUUUUAAUUUUUUAAAAUUUUUUUUAUUGCGGAGCGCGUUGACAUUGCAGGUACUGUUGAUGCUUGCGGCGUUCUGCUCUCUGAUCAAGGUGCUGCCAUGAAGUGGAUAGUCGAAUUGUAAUUAGCUAAGGAAUAUCAAGACUUAAUCUUUAGGUUGAUCCAGACUCAGAAACAGAAAUGGCCUUCCUGCAAUUGUGGCAAGAAACACAAUGAUGGGUUCCAAAUCUGAGUCAGUAGUUCUCCCAUUGGUGGCAAGGAAAGUGAAGAAUGCAAGUGCUGCCAUGAAUGCUUCUAAUUCUGAAGGGUUGUCAGAAUUUCUCAAAUCAGGUGCUAGCGGUUUAGUUGUUUCAUUGGAAGAUUUGAAGUUGUUUAGUGAUCCUCUGAGCCAAUUGCUCUACAAUGUAUCUGUAACCAAUGAAAAACCUGAGGACGAGCUGCAAAGUUUUAACAUGUCAAAAAUGUUGGGUACUAAUCACGAUUCCUAUCAGAGUAAGGGUGGCAGGCUUUGUUAAAUUGGAAGAUAAAGAAAAAGAGCUCACUGAGCUAGAGGCCGUAAAUGUUGUCAAGAAGCUCCUCCUAUGGUGAUCUUUUAAUUAAACAUUGGUAGUUGAAUUUGUUCUGCAUGCAGUCAUGUUGUUAAGAAAUUCAUUUGUUUAUCUUUUGUUGAAUUCAAAUUCUCAAUUGGUUUUGAAUGGCAGAUUGAGGAGGUUUCACUUCUCAUUGAUGCAGUUUCUCAAAUUGAUGAACCGUUUCUGCUGGCUAUGGUACUAACUGUGUGCUGAGCUUCAACAAAUUCUGGUUCCAGGGAUAUACAUUGGUAUUAGCUCUAAAUUUCUAAUAAAUCCUUAUCUUUUUAAUUGAGUAGUGUGGAACUGAGGUGGCAUUUAUAUUUAGUUUGGCUUUCAUUUAAGAGCUACCCAAUGAAAGGAGUAAGCUGCAAAGUUUAUUCUGCUGUUAUCAGUUGUUUUCAAAUAUUUGAAUCUAAUGCCUAUCUAUCUUUUCUCAUUUUUCAGUAGAGAGCACAAAUGCACCUUAUUUUUUGUUGAAGUUCCCUUAUCAAUUUGGGUUCAGUGAACUGUUGUUUCUCAUAAAGAUAGUGAAUAGAAACAGAAGAGAAAUAGAAACAUUUUGCACCGUAUGGAACUCAGUCUUUAAUUCAUGCCUUGGACCUCUAUCAAAUCCUAUUAAAGGGUUUUAGUUUUUCUUUGACUCCUAUACCUUUGUUGGGAUUGGCAGGGUGAAUUUAACUCUGGUAAAUCGACUGUCAUCAAUGCACUUCUCGGAAAAAGAUAUCUCAAGAGUGGGGGUUGUUCGUUGUUCCUACAACUAGUGAAAUCACUUUGUUAUGCUACUCUAAGUUGGAAGCUGAGGAACAAGGGUGUUGUCAAAGCCACCAGAUGGUCAAUGAAUAUGUUACCUUCUGCUCCAAUUCUUAAGAUGAGUAUUGUUGAUGCACCCAGUACUAAUGUUAUUCUCCACAGGCAACAGCAGUUAACUGAGGAAUCUGUACCUCGUGCAUAUUUGCUUUUUAUUGUCAUUUCUGCAGAACCUCCUUUAACUGAAGUGAGUUCUGGGGGGCUUUUGGUGGACUAGGAGCAGCUGGUUUCUCUGCUUAACUUCUUAUGUAUGUUUUGCCUACCACUUUGGAAGAUCUUCUUGAUCUUGGCCUAUGUUCUGCUGGAGGGUAUGUAUAUCUUUUGUUCCUUUAUUCAUUCUCUUCCUGAAGCCUGGAUGCCCGAAUUUUUUCGUAAAUAUUUGGAGGAAGUGUUAUUUGAGAUCCUUUGCAGUGUAAAAUCAUAGGGCAGCCAUGCUUGAUCAUUAUUGUUGGAAGUGUCUGCCUGCCCCUGAAACAUCAAUAUUAUCCUGUCACUAAUCACUUCUUUUCUACAUGAUUACAGUUUAAUUAAUAGGUUUUACUGAGGUAAAAUGAGAAUAAAAAAAAUGCUGGUAU